UAUGAGAGUAAAAGUAAAAGUGCUGGCGUGAAGAAAAAAGCUGCUGAUUUCUCGGAAAUCACCAUCGUGUAAUAAAGGGUCGUAUAAACACUAUUUAAGGGCAAGUCCCUUAAAUGUUUAGUCAGUAUUCAUCCUGGAUGAAUAGAAAGCCACGAGUCAGUCAUGUCUUCUACUAUACACAUGCCAGCUCCUGUGUGUCUCAUUGAAAAUGAAGACAGUGGGACGCUGAGUGUCAGGAAAGAGGGCAAAGACAUUCUGGAUAGGAUCAGUGGACCAGUGGUGGUAGUGUCUGUAGUGGGACUUUACCGUACAGGAAAGUCUUACCUUAUGAACCGCCUAGCAGGACAACAGACAGGUUUUGCUCUCGGCAACACUGUUGAAUCAAAGACCAAAGGCAUCUGGAUGUGGUGCGUCCCUCACCCAUCUAUGCCAGGACACACACUGGUGCUGCUGGAUACAGAAGGACUUGGUGAUGUGAAAAAGGGAGACUCUAAGAAUGACAGCUGGAUCUUCUGUCUGGCGGUUUUGCUCAGCAGCACCCUGGUGUACAACAGCAGAGGAACCAUUGAUAAUGAUGCAGUGCAAAAGCUCCAAUACGUUGUAGAGCUCGCUGAGCAGAUCAAAAUCAGAUCACCAAAAUCUGCAUCAGAAGAUAAAGAGGUGGAAGAAAAUGACCAGUUUGUGCGUUUUUUCCCAUUAUUUGUCUGGGCAGUGAGAGAUUUCACUUUGGAUUUGGAAAUCAAUGAAAAGAAAGCGACAGAGGACGAGUACCUUAACUUUGCUCUUGAGCUGAAGAAAGGUGUGGGUAGGAAAAUCAGUGACUUCAACCUGCCUCGUGAAUGUAUCCAACGUUACUUUCCUUCCCGGAAGUGUUUCGUGUUCCCAUCUCCAGCCUCACCGGAAAACAUGAGAUGUUUAGAGAGCCUUCAAGAGCAAGACCUUGUGCCAGGUUUUCUGGAGGCCACACAUAAUUUCUGUAAAUACAUCUUCGUCAAGAGUGCUGUGAAAAAACUGAAAGGAGGUCACACUGUUACUGGAAAAAUGCUCGGUCAACUGGCUCACAUUUAUGUCAAGACAAUCAAUGAUGGUCAAGUGCCCUGUCUGGAAAAUGCAGUGGUUACUCUUGCAAAUCUGGAGAACCAGGCAGCUGUUGAAGAAGCUUUAAAAGUUUAUAAGAAUGGGAUGGAAGAGAUAAGCAGUAAGUUCCCAGUUGGCAUGGAAAGUAUUACCAUUGUGCACCAGAAGUGCAGCAGUCUGGCUAAUUCUGAAUUCAUGAAACGCUCCUUUAAAGAUGAUAAAGGGGAAUACAUUACAAAACUGACGGAAGCUAUAGAUACUUACUAUAAAGAUCUGCAGCAAAAGAAUGAGAUGGCAUCUGAAGAAAAAUGCAAAGAGCUGCUGAAGAAUCUGUUCUCUGACAUGAGUGAACGGCUGCAGAAUGGAGCAUACAGUCAACCUGGAGGAUAUAAAGUCUACUGCAGAGACAAAGACGACCUCAUUGCACAGUACCACGGAGAACCAGACAAAGGAGUAAGGGCUGAAGCUGUGCUGAAUGAGUUUUUAAUUGAGAGAGGACCUGAAGCAAACAGCAUCCUUCACGCUGAUAAAGAACUCACUGAAAAAGACAGAAAGAUCCAAGAGGAGAAAGAGAAGGCGGCUCUGCUUAAACAGAAGUGUAAAGAGGAAGAGGAGAAACGAAUUGAGAGUGAACAAAGGAUGCUGGCAGACCAAGAGCAUCAGCAGGACAUAAUAAGGCAGUUGCAGGAAAAGUGCAAAAAGGAGAUGGAGCAAAAGCAGGAAGAGAUGGACAGAGCUCUAGACAGCAAACUGAAGGAGCAAGAAGAGCUGAUAAAGAAAGGUUUUGAUGCGAAAGCUGAACAACUCGAGGAAGAGAUUGUGCGUUUAAAUAAAGAAAAAGAGGCGGCUGGUAACUUUUUUAAAGAAUAUAUAAUGCCACUUGCCAGUGCUGGCUUAGACCUGGCAAACAAAGUCCAAACGCAGAAAGCAAUUCAAAAUGUCCUCACAUCGUUUUUUAAGGCACUUUAAGUGAUGUGUGUGACUGGCUUUGUGACGUCACUUCCUGUUGAUGUUCGAAGUGUUGUCAAACAAAACUGAGGAUAGCUCACUCCUCUCCCUCCCCCUCCCUUCCAUGGGUGAUGGCUCAACCCACUUCAUGUGCACUCGCACUUACCCCCAACCCCAAGUCCUUCUUGUCGUUUAUUGACUGGAACAUGGUUUGUUAUGUUUUGUACUGUUUCUGUGUUAAUUUACAACAGAGUUGACAAGAAAUCUGGUGAGACCUAGUGCAAGAACAAGUAAAUU